AAAACCCAGAAAAACCCUGUCUUUUGGGUUUGGAAGACUUGCCUGUAGACUAUAGAGGGUAGGAUGAAGUUUACGGUGAAGACAUGGAGCAGCAGUGGUGGCGGCGGCAGGGCAAGAAUAGGGGUUCUCCAGCUGGGAAACUGCCCUACCCCCAUUGAGACCCCUUCCCUCCUCCUUUCAACCCGCAAAGGCCUGCCCUACUUCAUCUCUCCUGACCUUCUCUCCUCUCUCCCUUACCCUCAUUCUCACCUUCUCCAAGUUUGCCCCCUUCACUUCUUGGAUGGUCUGUCGACGAAGACAAUUUCAAGGGUCGGAGGACUUCACCAGAUGCUGAGGUUGCCUGAAUAUGUACUUGCGGCCGUACCAAGGGAUUCUAUUCAGUGCCUUCCGGAAGCCGAUAGCAGCAACAAGGCUGGAGCGUCUUUUGAGACUCCUUGUGGCCGUUGUUUGAUUAAACCAGUGGAAUACAUGGAGAUGAUAUCUUCCAUGAAGCCUAACCUAUGGGCUACUUUGGCUGAUGAAGUUCCUGCAUGGGUCUCUGAAAAGAGAAACAGAACCUCAGUGGAUAGGACUCUGAAAUGGCUCGAUGCUUGCAUUGCAUUAAGCCCGGCAGAGGGAGCUGUUUUUGGAGCCAUUGUUGGAGGUUCAAGUUUAGAAGAACGAAAAAGGUGUGCACAAGAGGUAGCAAAGAGAAAUGUUUCAGGUUAUUGGAUUGGAGGGUUUGGGCUUGGAGAAAGUAGGGAUGAGCGCUCUGCUCUCCUUAGUGCCGCCACUGAAAGCUUGCCGCAGGAGAAGCCACGGCUUAUAUGUGGCCUUGGACUACCAGAGGAGGUAUUGCAGGGUGUUGCUGCUGGUGUUGACCUUUUUGACUCAACAUAUAUUUACCAUCUUACACUUGGCGGCUUUGGACUUACUUUUUCACUGGACUCCAUGGAGGAUAACAUAUCCGAUUUACAGUUAAGUAGUGCAGACACAGACCACACAAAGAUCAAUCUGAGAGCAACAGUAUACAGGAAAGAUACAAGGCCAAUCAUCGAAGGAUGUAGCUGCUACACAUGCCAGAAUCAUAGUAGAGCAUACAUUAAUCAUCUCCUCAACGUCCACGAAAUGUUGGCUCAGAUUCUGCUAGAAAUACAUAACACCCACCAUUUUCUGGGGUUUUUCAAAGCUAUAAGGGAAGCAAUAAAGGUGGGAAAGUUUGAAGAAUUUGAGCACAAGUUUGUUCAAGCAAGACGUCAUCAACUUGCUGCGGCUGCUGUAUGAAUAUCAGUUUCAAACAUUUUUAGUGAGUUAAAUGUAAAGAUUAAUGUUAUAUAACUUUCUUUGAGGGAUUAUUUUAGUAUAGACAUAUAAUUAUGCCUGGUGACACUCGACUGCUGCACCAAGGCUUUUGUUUUGAUAUAUGGAUUACGCAAUGACACCGGGAGGUAAUCAUUUUUUAUCUCUCGAGCAAUCACAUGAUGUGAAUUGAACCCAGAUCAAUGUUCCAAG